AUGGCUACUCUUCCAGAGUCUUUGUUGGCCGAUCAAUCGUCAUUACCGGGAAACCAAGCGGUCCAGAAGGGUCCUGUGGAGCAGUUGAUUCUAGAGCUUAACGAUGAUCGUACCCGAGAAAAUGCCCUACAACGCCUCUCUAAGAUUAGGGAAAUUCGUGAAGACUUGGCUCCAUUACUGUGGCACUCAUUUGGUACUACAUUUACGCUGUUGAAGGAAAUAAUUGCAGUGUACCGCUUACUUUCAACCCCAAAUCUUACUCAGGAAUCAUCAAAUCGGGCAUGCAAUACUCUCUCUCUAUUUCAGUGCAUAGCUGCUCAUCCUGAGACAAGAGAGCCAUUCCUCCGGGCUAUUGUGCCGUUCUAUAUUUACCCUUUCCUCAACACGACCGAAAAGGACAAGCCUCAUGAAUACUUAAGGCUGUCGAGCUUAGGCGUUAUUGGUGCCCUUGUCAAGGCAUGUACAUAUGGAAUCAUGGAUUACAUUUGAGAAAUGCACAGAUGAAACUAGUUACAAAUAUUUAAUCCAAACAAUAAUCCAUAUACAAACAACGAUUUAGCACCUCUUUAUUGUUUGUUUAGUGUCCUGCAAAUAGUUUAUACUUCUUAUAUAUCCCAUUUUCAUGUCUUUCUAUGAGCUUGAAUGUUCAUUAACAUAAUGACAUAAUUAAAUUUGGAUUUCCCU